AUGAUUCCUGAGGGUCUUGACAAAAGGCACUUAAAGGACAUCGUUGGUGAGAUUGUGGAACACAAAUUCAACUGUGUUCAUCUCACCUAUGCAAUCUACAUGUGGACACGCUAUGUCCAUGACAAUGUCAAUGUCACGUUUACCUCUUUGGAUGUGUCAGGCAUGAUUCAAAAUGUGAAAGUGUUGCUUGAUAACCACGUGAGUGAGCCAAAGUGGUGUUGUAAUGACGAUGAUGAGAACAAUUUCUUCCAUGAUAGACAUUUUAAUCCUCAAGAAUGGGUGCAUGGCCUUACUCCGAUAGCCAAACACUUCAAUGGAAACCAUAUUGUGGCAAUGAGCUUGAGGAAUGAAUUGCAUGGUCCACGCCAAAAUUUGUAUGAUUGGUACAGGUACAUGAGCAAAGCAGUAGUGACUACACACAAGACAAACCCAAAUGUGUUUGUGGUUAUAUCCGGAUUGAACUAUGAUACUGAGUUGCAGUUCUUAAAGAGUAAACCAUUGAAGAUAGAUUUGGGUAAGAAAAUGGUGUUUGAGACACAUUUGUAUUCAUGGUCGGGAAUUGGAACCCUGAAAUUGAGAGAGAUAUGGACAAAGAAACCAGUGAAUAGGAUAUGUACCGACAACAUUAAAGGGAUAGAGAGGACAGAGUUGGAUUUCUCACCACUGACAAUAAUGCAGCUCCUUUGA